AUGCCAAAAUGUCGGUGUGAUGGAUUGGUGAGCUUCGGUGUGAAUCGAGAUAAAGGAAAAUACGUUGUUGAUUGCUCUUCAUGCAAACAAACCUGUAAGAUGGCUGAUGUUAACUUCAAAGAGGAUCAUGUGUCUGGAUCUGUUGGGGAGAUACUAAUUAACGCAGGAUGUUGGAAUACUCCGUUUAACAAGAUCAUCAACGAUAAGGAAGCAAUCGAUAAGCCCUAUGUCGAUCCAGAGUAUUGGAAGGAUGUAGGUUUUAAGCCUUACUACAUACCAGAAGAACCAGAUGAAGUGUUCCUCAUUGAGGAGGGAGAAGAAAUUGAGGAAUCAUGGAUUACUGGAUUGCACCGGUACUUCUUCUGA